GAAAAUUCGAGAUUAUUUUUCUUUUCGUAAUAUAGACAUAAUCAGACAUUUUUUUAAAAAUUGUUUUUUUUAUACAUCUCCCAUAUUUUAAAUUUCUAAAAAAUUUCUAAAAAUGGCUUCUAUGGCAUUAAAAGUUUUUAGACCUCUAGCAGAUCGUGUAUUGGUUAAAAGAUUUUUACCUGAAACAAAAACUAAAGGGGGUAUCAUGUUGCCUGAAAAGUCACAAGGUAAGGUUUUGAAUGCAACAGUAGUAGCUGUUGGUCCUGGCGCUAAAAAUGAUAAAGGCUCACAUUUACCAAUGAGUGUGAAAAUUGGAGAUAAAGUUUUGCUUCCAGAAUAUGGUGGUAUGACAGUUAAAUUUGAAGAUAAUGAAUAUUUCUUGUUUCGUGACACAGAUAUAUUGGGAAAAUAUGAUGAAUAAAUAUAACAUUAACUUUUUUUUAUAAUCAUGUUUUAAAAUUUUUAUACAAAAUAUAUUGUAUGUAUAAAUAUUUGAUAAUUAUUUUAUAUUAGGCAAAUUGAUAAUACA